AUGUCGGAGGGAUCUUACCAGCGCCUCUGGGACUCUUCCCACGUGACCUUGCAAGAGCUACUGGACCAAGAGCAGCCCAUGCUCCAACCCGUGCCCACCCGGGAGUGGCAGUCCUUCCAGUACAGGCUCUCAUCGCUCUACCUGUACUACCUGGGGCUGCUGCGCGGGUUCGACAUUCUCUAUGACCAGAUGGUGCAGCCGCAGAAGCGGCGGCUGCUGCGGCGCCUGCUGGACAGCGUGGCGGGCCGCGUGCUGGAGCUCAAGGAUGAGAUGGUGCGGGUAGACAUGUGCGAGUGGCACUGCCUGGACCACGUGCUGCGGGACCUCGGGCUCACCCCGGCUGACCUGGAGGUUCCAAUCCCCAAAUACUUCCUGCUGGAGCAGUCCAGCAUUCUGCAGGAGCGAGAGCUGAUGCUGGCAGAAAUCCUAUCCAGAAUGGAGCCAGUGGCCUUCCAGGAGGCAAUAAUGAGCCGGACUGAGGCCAUAAUCCUGCUGCAAACGGCCGAGCGGGCCAGACAAGGCAGACUCCGAGCCACCUUCAUUCGAGAGAUUCGAAGAGAGGAGGAGCGGGAUCGGAAGAUGAGGGAGAGCGGGUGGCACAAGUUAAAUCCGAACCAAGCAGCUAUCACCAUUCAGAAGGUGUGGAAAGGCUACCUACAGAGGAAACACACUCAGUAUGACCGGCAAACAGAGAUGGAAUUCAUUGGCAUGAUCCCCUUGCCUGACGCAGUGGAGCACGCGUCCGUAGCCAACCUCAGGAAGGAUGUCAGGAGGUCCCGCCAGAUAGAGAAAGAGGAGGAGUUCCAGAUGGCCAUUUCGAAGACCCACGAUGCCCUCAGAGAGACCGAGGGGCCCGAUAUCAAGGAGAAAAUGAAGGAGCAAAUCCGACAGUGGUUUAUCGAGUGCCAUGCCCUUACUGGCCGAUUCCCUAAUUAUCCAGACGAGUCUUUAGGUGGAUCCAACCAGAUCUUCUCAGACAAGACUCCAGAACAGGUGAAAAUGGAACUGGAGAAUCCGGUCCAGGAGAGCACUAAAAAAGAAGACAAAAAUAAAGAAAAAGAAAAGGAGAAGAAGAAAGCAAAGGAAGACAAGACCAAGAAGGGUGAAGCAGAUGCAAUGCUGAAAGCAUUGCCAUCCAAAUUUAUCCCCCUGAUCAAUGCCGGACACGAGGAGUAUAAAAAUGUGUGGAAGAACCGGCCUGAUCACCUAUACCCUGAUCAGAGUUUUGACCCCAAGGCCCUCCGGGCGGAGAAGAGGAAGGAACUGGAGCAGGAGAUCCGGAAACAGGUGGAUGAGCUGAUGCGUCAAGAGCUGAAGAACCUGCGCCUGGCUGUGGACCGGGAGGAGGAGAGACCCUUCAAGGCUCCAAAGAAAGCUGGGAAGAAGAAGAAGAAGGAAAAAGAUCUGACCCCGAACAGGUCCCUGGCCUCUCUGUUUGAAGAGCUUGUUGUCUUUGGCCUUCUAAAGAAGUGCAAGGCAGUGUUAUUGAAGGACUUCGUUGGUGACUACCUCUAUCUUGGAUCCACUCUGAGUCUGGCCCACAAGUUGCCCAUGCCUUCCCUGUUUGACGUUCGACAGAACAUGGCCUUGUACGGGGUCCUUCGGCUUGGCUCCCCUGAUAUACACUCCAUGGCUCCCCUCAUCCGCUCCAUCCUCCUGGUGGGCCCCUCCGGUGUGGGGAAGAAGAUGCUGGUCAAUGCCGUGUGCACAGAAACUGGUGCCAACCUGUUCGACCUGUCACCUGCCAACCUGCAGGGCAAAUACCCUGGCAAGGCCGGGGUGCAGAUGCUAGUGCACAUUGUCUUUAAGGUGGCUCGACUCCUACAGCCCUCAGUGAUCUGGAUUGGAAAUGCCGAGAAGAAUUUCUAUAAGAAGGUCCCAAAAGAGGAAAAGGAGAUGGACCCAAAGCGAAUAAAGAAGGACCUCACCAAGGCCCUGCGCCUGCUGAAUCCCGGAGACCGCGUCAUGCUGAUAGGGACCACUAACCAACCGCAGCUCGCCGAGAUGAAGGGGCUGCGCCGGACCUACGAACGGAUUCUCUUCAUGCCGCGGCCUGAUUAUGCUUCUCGCUAUGUGCUCUGGAAGCACAUGCUGCACAUGGAGAGAAUCCAGGUGACCCAGACCCACCUGGACAUCAGUGCCCUGGCCAGGGUGUCCGAUGGCUACACACCUGGUCACAUUCUCCAAGCCAUCCGACUGGUGCUCACGGAGCGGCGGCUCCUCCAAUUGUCCAGGCGGCCCCUGCUGGCCUCAGAGUUCCUAUCUCAUCUGGCGAAGCUGGAGCCAGUGUACAGGGAGGAGGAGGCAUCCCUAAAGGACUGGUACUUCAAGACCCCACUGGGCAUGAAGAAGAUAGAAUUUAACAAGGACCUGGAGGCUGAGGAGGCCAGGCUGGCAAAGGAGAAGAAAAAACGGAAGUGACUGCUGAGGAGUGCCCGAGAGGGGCGGUGGGACUGGGGCAAAGGGCCUGGGGGCAGAGGCAUAAACUCCCAGAUGGCUUGGGGACCAGCUCUCUUUGUCCAUCUCCGUGCUUCCACCCCUUGUUCUGUGUCCCUGGCUCCACCUCAUACCCCACCCUGUCGAGUUUCUCUGAUCCCAGAUCUCUGUCCUCUGACCUCACCCUGUCAUUUUUGUGUCCUGGCUCCCCACUCCCUUUCUUCCUCGAGGUAUGUAGGGGAGGAAAA